UGGGAAAUAAUUGAGCUUCAAUCGCAAGCACAAUAAUAAUAGCAUUGACUUGACUUGCAGGCUCUUUGGCUGGUUCUUGAUGGCUUCAACAAGAAGACUAGCAUUCCCCACUCAGUCAUGACAGCUUUUUGAGGAUUUCAGAUUCUGAAGUGCACAAGAAGGUCGCUGCAGGUCCAUACCUGGCCGGAUCUACAUCGAUUUUAAGCCAGGUGGGUGGUUGUUCUCUGGUUUUGGCGGAUACCACAAGUUGAAGAUCAAAUCCAGCUGUUUGUCAUCAACAGCAGGCUAGCACACUCAGUCAUACCCAUAACCCAUGAGUUCAUGAAAGUUUAGGAUCUCCACGAGUACGUUUCAAUGACAACAAGACCAGCCAAGCCAUAAGGCUCAGAAUUUCAAGACUCCAUGAGACUGUUGUGAUGGUGUCAGCUUCAGGAACGCACAAGGAGGUCACCAAGAUCGAUCAGAUGCCGGCUUCUUGAUUUGUGACGACAGGUGUAUCCCCUCCUUGAAAGUUUGUCACCACCUGUAUUGAUUAGGUGAAAUUUUAUUGAAGAUGAAGCUAUUUCGACAUCCUCAUGCUCCCAAAGUGACUCCUGGGCAUAAGCAAUUCCAGCAGCUUUAGCAAACUGGCAAUUAGAUAAUUGAUGUUCCUCAGAUUCAAGUGCAUUCUGAUCACACAUGACACAGCCAUAAGUGGCCAUUCUAAUGAUACUGAGGAAAAUAUACAACUAGGCCACCACCCAACAGACAGAUAUUAGUAAUUCUUAGAAAAUAAUGGCGGAGAUUGUGAUUCUUCUAGCCAUUAAAAAGAUCGGAAAUGCCUUGGCAAAUGGAGCGGCAGACCAGGUGAGCAUGCAGUUUGCGAAGUAUGGGAAGCAAAAAGUAGAUCUACAGGGCAGCAUGGGUCGUGUUGCAAGGGAGCUUCGCGUCAUACAUGAUGUUGUUUGUCAAAUGGACAUUCGAAACAGCAACAAUCAAGUAUAUGAGGGCUGGUUGGAGGAAGUACGGAAGGUAGCACAUGUGAUGGAAGACAUAGUGGAUGAGUACUUGUAUCUAAUUGAUCAGGAACAUGAUAUAGGGUAUUGCUUUUACCUGAAGCAAGGGUUCAGAAAACCAGGAUCUCUGCUUUAUUUGAACCAGAUAGCUUUCAAGGCGAAGGAAAUAGAGAAAGACCUUGCACACCUGUCAGAGAUAAAAAAUCGUUGGGUCCCCAUGAUACAGAACGGGGAUACUAGCAGCUCGAAUUACAUUGUCAAGAGGUCCCAAGAUCUAGCAAACAUUUCACGUUCCCUUGAUGAAGAAGAUUUAGUGGGGGUGGAUAAAAACAGAGAGAUACUUGAGCAGUGGUUGGCAGGUGCUGAUUUGGAGUGCUCCGUGAUCGCACUGCUUGGAAUGGGAGGACUUGGUAAAACAACUUUAGCUGCAAAUGUCUAUAGGAAGGAGAGAGAGCAAUUCCAGUGCCACGCGUGGGUCUCCAUUUCUCAAACUUAUUCUAGAGAAGAUGUCCUGAGGAAUACAUUCAAGGAACUUUUCAAAGAUAACGUCAGUGUUCUGUCUAAUACCGCGGCGAUGGACAUCACAUGCCUUGAAGAGACACUAAAAAGAUUUCUGGAGCAACAUAAGUAUUUGAUCAUACUGGAUGAUGUUUGGACUCCACAAGCAUUUGAUGACUUGUCUAGAGUGCUUAUUCAUAAUGACAAGGGCAGCAGAUUGAUAAUUACAACAAGGGAAGGUGAUGUUGCUGCACUUGCCUCUCCAGGACAUAUCUUAAAGCUAGAAGCUUUACCAGAAGACAAGGCAUGUGAUCUCUUUCAUAAGAAAGCCUUUCCAACAGAUAAAAAUCAUGAAUGUCCUGCGGAGUUGAAGUCUUUGUCCCACGAAAUAGUUAGCAAGUGCAAAGGCUUGCCUCUCAUUAUUGUGUCAAUUGGUAACCUCUUGCGUGUGCGUGAGAAAACUGUGGAAGAAUGGAGAAGAAUAAAUUACCAACUGAGUUGGGAGCUAAUUAAUAACUUGAGGCUUGAUCACAUAAGGAAUGUUUUGCAUCUGAGCUUCAUCUACCUUCCAGCACACUUGAAAAGUUGUUUCCUAUAUUGCAGUUUAUUUCCAGAAGACUAUCUUUUCAAAAGGAAACAACUUGUACGGUUAUGGAUAGCAGAGGGAUUCAUUGAGGAGAGGGGUGAAAGCACAUUAGAAGAAGUGGCAGAAGGCUAUCUGAAGGAGUUAAUUGAUAGAAACAUGCUACAACUUGUUAAAAGGAACUCAUUUGGUAGGACCAAGGAAUUGAGAAUGCAUGAUAUCUUACGAGAAUUGGCCGUUGAUUUGUGUCAAAAGGAUUGUUUUGGUGUUACAUAUGAGGAUAAAUGUGUGGGUUCUCUUGAGAUGGAUGGGCGUCGAUUGGUAAUGCAUAAGCUAAAGAAGGAUAUUCAGCACUCGUUUUCUGGUAUACACCAACUUCGAACCGUCAUUGUAGUGGAUGAUAACAUGCCAUCAUUCACUCUACUACCUCUGUUAUGUAAGAAGUCAAGAUAUAUGACAGUGCUAGAAUUAAGUGGCUUACCCAUUGAGAAGAUUCCAGAUGCUAUUGGAGAUCUUUUUAGUCUCCGCCAUUUAGGUUUGCGUAAUUCAAAAGUGAAGAUGCUCCCGAGGUCUAUUGAAAAGCUUUCAAAUUUGUUGACACUGGACCUUUAUAGAUCAGAUAUACGUUAUUUGCCUAGUGGGGUUGUCAAACCGAAGAAGCUUAGGCACUUAUUUGCUGAGAAAAUGAAUUAUCUAGAUUGGAGGGAUAUUCAUUCUCACAGUGGUAUGACUAUCCCCAUUGGUCUUGGGAAUCUAACAAACCUGCAAACCCUACGAACAUUGGAAGUGCAGGGCGAGUCAGUUAGACAUUUGGGGGAGCUGAGGCAACUGAGAAGCUUGAGGUUAUCAAAUGUAAAGGGAAUCUACUGUGGACGCAUCCGUGAGUCUCUAGUUCAGAUGCAGUAUUUGUCCAAGCUAUCUGUGAAUGCAAGUGAUGAGAACGAGGUUCUCUUGUUGAACGUCCUCCCGCCAAAUCUGCAAACCCUAUCGUUGAGAGGACGAUUAGAGCAAGGGUCGUUGGAUGAGUCUCCUCUCUUCCAAUCUGAUGGAGGACAAAACUUGUGUGCAUUGGCUCUGUCUUGGUCACAACUGAGAAAAGACCCACUGCCAUCGCUUUCUUUGUUGUCGAACUUGACACUUCUACACUUCACCAGAGCGUACAACGGAGAGCAGCUGACAUUUCUCACGGGGUGGUUUCCCAAGCUAAAGAUUCUCUUUCUAAGAGACCUGCCUAAUCUGAACCAGCUAGAGAUACAGCAAGGUGCCAUGGCGGGCCUGGAAAGAUUAUCCCUAGUCAACCUCAACAGCAUGACGGAGGUCCCACCUGGCAUUGAGUUCCUCGUGUCCCUUCAGUAUCUGGUCUUCCACGAAAUCACCGGUGACUUCUUGACGUUGCUGCGCGAAUGCUCCGCGAUUCGAGGGAAGCUGUGGCAUCACACUCUCCGGCUUUGACCUGCCGCACUGGUCGGGAAAUGUGUACAUGCGUCACCCGCCUGAAGGAAGAUGCUUUAUAAUUUGGGCCGCAUGCUGAUAAGGCGUCAAUGAAUCUCAAGAUGAGUAUAUCCAGUGUCUCUGUACAUUCAUGUUACACCUGAUGUGCACACCGUCUGGGUUUCCUCUGCCUUUUCAAGACGUACUACUGAUACAACUGCCUGAUGGGCACACUGUUUUGCUACUACUGUGCCUGUGUUUACUACUGUUCGUGAUUGCUUGCGAGGUGUGAUAAUAUCGAUUUGGGCUGUGCCUUGGCUUUUAAGUAACACGACACUUGCUGUAAGACCGCGAGUGAGUUGUGUUUUCAUAUUCGAACUAAUUUUUGCAGUACAUGAUUCUUUUUCAUACUUCCAUUUGAUAAGAUAUCGCCUAUUAAUUCCAGCCGUAUCUGUAAAAUAAUACAAUUUGGUUGUAGACAGAAGGCUCAAGGAGAGCCCGGCACAAUUUGUUUAGUGAUUCAUAACGCUGAGACAUUCA